AUGCCGAUCCGGUUCAAGGAUGAGCUAGACGUGUCUGGUCUGAAGACUAACCCAUACAACCUUUCGAGACGAGACAGAAUAGAAGCGGACAAGAUUUUGGACCCACUUGUAGAGGAAGGAUGCGUCGAGCCGGUACCCCUAGGCCACCCAUUAGCAGCAUCAUCACCCGCGUUUAUCGUAUGGAACAAAGGCAAACCACGACUGGUAGUCGACUUGAGGAAGGUGCUGUCCGCCUUAGAGGCGUCAGGAGUCUCACUAUCCAUCAAGAAGUGCCACUUUGGUUACCCCAGUAUCCAGUUAUUAGGUCAUCACGUGAGUCGACUCGGAUAUAGCACCUUAGAAGAAAAGGUGGAUGCUAUACGGAAGAAGGCGUUCCCUAAGACUCUCAAACAGCUUGAGACAGGGAUAGGCUUCUUCGGAUAUUACCGAAAAUACGUAGGACACUAUUCGAGCAUCGCAGAACCCCUGCAGCGCCUUAAAACAAUAGGAUUCAAAGGCGCACUAGUGAAAGGUCGGCAGAGAGACCAAUACGCGGCAAAGACGACUCUAACCGACGGAACGGCAAUAAAGAACCUGGAAGAGGAAGAUAGGGAGAAGCUCAUCGCUGAAGCUAAGGCGGCGUGGGAGAAGCUCAAGGAGGAACUAACCGCCGCCCCUACACUGGCUUACCCGGACUUUAGCCUCCCUUUCAAGUUGUAUAUGGACGGGUCGUACGAACAUGGGUUCGGGGCGGCUGUCCACCAGGUCCAGGACGGGGCCCUACAGAAGGUGCCUUUCUAUUUCGACCAGGGCGACUUUGAAGUUGUAACAGACUAUUCGCCCAUUCUGGGCUUAUGCAAAGAGGCAAAGGGACGGCGGUCUCAGCGACUGGAUAAGUGGGCCCUAUUCCUCUCCAAAUUCCACCCCAGAAUAAAGAUCACGCAUAGGGCGGGUAAAAAACACGCAAAUGCAGAUGGACUGAGCCGACUACACGACGAGAAAGACUCGCGGGCCUUAAGCGUAACGGUCAUAGGCCUCCAGGAACCAUUCUUAGACCAGAUAAGAGACGGGUUGAACACAGACAAGGCCUUUACAACGGUGAUGCAGAAGGUCCGGGCCAUGAAAAAAGCAGCAGAGAAGGCAGAUGAGGAUACGACUGACCGAGAAUGGGCCUAUCACAGCUUCGUGUGGAGGGCGGAUGGCCUGUUAUACCACAUACGAGCCGGGCAUCCGGAUCGACUCUGUAUCCCUGUUAACGUUGAGAGAACACUACUCGAAUCAGCCCACGACCACAAUGCGCACCUAGGCCUCAAAAAGGCAUAUGACAAGGGUUUUGACGCCUUUGCGACAGUCACCUGCAAAUACAGCAAGUGGAUACAUAUCCUGCCAGGUAAGGAGACAUGGACAGCAGGUGAAUGGGCGCACGCAUUCUUUGACCAAGUCGUCCGCUAUCACACGUUACCAGACGCAAUUGUAUCCGACAGGGACGCCAAAUUCACAAGUAGUUUUUGGCGGCAUCUCAUGUCAAAGUGUAAGGUGGCAGGGCAUAUGACAGCUGCCUACCACCCGGCAGCAGACGGCCAGUCCGAGCGUACGAACCAGUCAGUCGAGAUAGCCUUGAGGUGUCUCCUGGUUGGGGAAUAUGAGGAAAGAUGGGUCGAUAUUAUAGCGGAGGUGGAACGAUGUUUGAAUUGCGCAUAUAACGCAUCAAUCGGAAUGAGCGCCUUUGAGGCGCUAUACGGAUAUCCGCCGCGGAUCGACUUCGCGAGAGGCUCGGAGCACAAUGAGGCGCAGGAGUUCGUAGAGGCAAGGGAGUUGAUUCGUAAGGACUUAGAAGACGCAGUUCAGUUAGCCAACGCACGCAUGGCAUUCUUCUUCGACGAGAAACACGAGCCACCACACUUCCAGGGUAAGGUGUUCAUUAGCUCGAAACUAUCGACAAUCCGCAUGGGACCGUAUCCUAUCAAAAGGCGAGUCGGUCAGCUUGCCUAUGAACUAGAGCUGCCAUCACAUACCCGGAUCCAUCCAGUUAUCUCCUGCGUUCACCUCGAACCAUUCCAUGAGGACGCACACGAGAGACGGAUGGCGGAACCUGUACCAAUUAUAGUCGACGGAGAAGCAGAAUGGGUGGUCGAGAAGCUGUUACGUGCGAAGGGCAAAGGUGAACAACAACGCAUUUUGGGAGACGCCCGGACGACCCGCAUCGGAUUUGGAACUCUACCUAAGGUGGUCUACAAGGGCGUAGUGUACUACGUCGUGCUUGGUAAAUACUAUCCGCUUUUUGGUAACGAGGGCGGUACAAAACCAGAUGGCUUCCUAAGCAUAAAUGCGGGGGUCAAAGAGGCGAGGAACAAGAAAGGGUCGCCUUUUUCGUUUGGAUCAAUACGGGUCCCAAAGAAAUAUAGGGACGUCCGGGGAGUCGUUUACCUGAAUCGUACUUCAGCAGACUUCCAGGAGUACGAGCUACGCGGCUUGAGGUUCUCUCCGGCCGCAAAUGACGAAUCCAAGAUCAAGCAGCCAAAGCCGACUCCUACAAAGACGCCCCCGAAGGGAAAGACCAGAGCAGCAGCAACUGCCAUACCCGGCUCGUCAAAGUCAAAGACCACUGCUGCACCCGGCUCGUCAAAGGCAAAGCCAUUCUUUGGCCCAAGGACGCCAAACAAAGCCGCCCCAUCGCCAACCAAAACUCGACCCAGUGCGGGUAAGGAUAGGAAAGCUGCCGCAGCUUCCAAGACAGCCACCCGCCCCUCGCCCUCGAAACGCGGAGCCUCACCGGACAAGAGGCAGGACCAAAAGCGUCAGCGUACUGACACAGGCUACGUGAACGCAAUACAACGAGGCAGGGAGCAGGCGGAAGACGCCCUCCGACAGGCAGAGAACGAUUGGCAGUCGGGUAGAACAAAAGUCGAGGGGGUUGAAAUGGACAUGCGUAUUAAGACGGCACAGGCAAUGGUCGCCUUCUGGGACGCGCGGGCCCGGAACCGUGUUCUGAGGGUUGCUAGACACAGCAUUGAUCAAGAGAUACGGGGAAAUCUGGCAUUAAACCCGGCAGCAGAACGAAGCAGAGUCUUACAGAGGACUGCAGAACGAUACGAGCAGCUAGACGAAUUAGUGGCAGAUAUGACCGACUCGGAGGCGGAAGACAGUGACGAUGCAGCUGAUGACGCCAGUAAUGUCUCAGCCGACGAGGCAGCUGCAGACGAAGAAGGCCCUGACAGCGAAUGGGAAGAGCCGGGGAGCAAGUCACCCCCCGAGGUGCCUAUGCAUUCUGACGAUGGCAACGGCAAAGGCGAUGACGAAGCUGGGCCCUCGGGCGUCAAUGAAGCGACGUCUGACCUUGACGACGAGCCAGAUAUGGAAUCGUUAGAGGAGUCAAGCCCAGACUCAAGCCCGUCAAAGACGGCUCUGACAUCAAGCAAGGCUCGCCGGAGCAGCCAUCUGCGCGGGUCAGGCCGCAAUAGGCAGCCUGUCAAGACAGACAAAAAGGGCAAGGGCAAGGCAAGAGCCUAA